AUGAGGCAUUACAAAUCGACUUCCGUUGAAGUAGUGGCUCAUGUGGUAAUUCACGUUACUUUGUUGAUGUUGAUUAGAGUUGAUCUUCUUGCUCAAAUUAUCGAUUGUAGUGUUGAGAAUCUUCAAAUUGGCAACCAUUUGUUGAACUUCUUCCAGAACAUCAUCCUUUGGAUUCUCUUCUUGCUUGAUUUCCUCUUUUGUCUCAUCUUUGUUGACGCUUUCUUCUGUUUCCUUCUGCACACUGGUGAUGACUAUCGGAGUUGGAAACCUCCGAUUGGGAUGCACAAUGCCAGCAAGCAACCUCCACAGCAACCUCCACAUCAACCUCCACAGCAACCUCCAACACAGCCACCUCGACAAAAGCCGCCAAGGACGUCUUGGGCUCCAGCACCAACUGAGGAUUCGGACGACUCUGAGUUUGAAUUGUUGGACUUCAAAUCGGCCAGCCGUAAAUAA